ACGAAAUACUACCCGGAAAGAGCAGUGGCGUGCAUUAGACAACAGAGCGCGAGAUGGGAGAUACACUGAAUGAAAUGCUGUAAGGGAUAUUCAACGUCAAACAUUUAUAUUUUUUGUGCUAUUAGUUUAUCAGGAUGUCGGCGUCUGCUAUAUUCAUCCUGGACCUUAAAGGAAAGGUGUUGAUCAGUCGUAACUACAUGGGAAACAUGGACAUGAAUGAGGUCGACCACUUCAUGCCCAUUAUGAUGAGGAUGGAGGAGGAUGCAGACUCAUCGCCCCUGGUGACACACGGCUCCGCCCACUUCCUGUGGAUCAAACACAGAAACCUCUACCUGGUGGCAAUGACCAAGAAGAAUGCCAAUGCAGCCCUGGUCUACUCCUUCCUCUACAAAAUGGUGGAGGUGUUUAAGGAGUACUUUAAGGAGCUGGAGGAGGAGAGUAUCCGUGACAACUUUGUGACUGUGUAUGAGCUGAUGGACGAGAUCAUGGACUUUGGCUUCCCUCAGACCACAGACAGCAAGAUCCUGCAAGAGUACAUCACCCAACAGGGUCACAAACUGAGUGUGGGCGCCCCUCGCCCCCCCGCCACCGUCACCAACGCUGUGUCCUGGAGGUCGGAGGGCAUCAAGUACAGGAAGAACGAGGUGUUCAUGGACGUCAUCGAGUCCGUCAACCUACUGGUGAGUGCUACCGGCAGUGUCCUGCGUAGUGAGAUUGUGGGCAGCAUCAAGCUCAAGGUGGUCCUGUCUGGGAUGCCUGAACUCAGACUGGGCCUCAACGACAAAGUGCUCUUUGAAAUCACAGGACGAGAGAAAUGUAAGACGGUAGAGCUGGAGGAUGUCAAGUUCCAUCAAUGUGUCCGUCUGUCCCGCUUCGAGAACGACCGCACCAUCUCCUUCAUCCCCCCCGACGGAGAGUCCGAGCUCAUGUCCUACCGCCUCAACACCACGGUGAAGCCUCUGAUAUGGAUUGAGAGUGUGAUUGAGAAGUUCUCCCACAGCCGAGUGGAGAUCAAGGUUAAGGCCAGGAGUCAGUUUAAGAGUCGCUCCACUGCCAACAAUGUGGCCAUCAUGGUACCUGUGCCCAGCGAUGCCGACUCGCCCAAAUUCAAGACGAGUACAGGCAGCUGCAAGUAUCUUCCUGAGAAGAGCAUGGUGCAGUGGAACAUCAAGUCCUUCCCUGGGGGGAAAGAGUACAUGAUGAGGGCUCACUUUGGUCUGCCUAGUGUGGAGAGUACUGAGUUGGAGGGGAGAAGGCCCAUCACUGUCAACUUUGAGAUCCCCUAUUUCACUGUAUCUGGUAUCCAGGUACGCUACCUGAAGAUCAUUGAGAAAAGUGGCUAUGAGGCCUUACCAUGGGUACGCUAUAUAACACAGAGUGGAGAUUAUCAACUCCGGACAAACUAAGGGCGAGCCUGCUGCUAGACAAAUAGAUCGUCACUCUCUCCCUCUCUCUGGGAGUGAGAGACAACAGAGGACAAGGAAGGGGGAACAACUUUCACCACUGUCAAUUCUCAAAGGACCAGGUAGUCAUCUUGCACACUCUGCAGACAUGAGGACCUUCAAGACUCAAUUUCCCUUCAGAACUCGACUGUUGUCACCUUUGACCUUUGCUGUGUUACAUCAUCUGGAGAAACAUGUUUUAUUUCUUUCGAAUAAUGAACCUAGUGGUUUUCUUAUUGGUCACAUUGUAAACAUUUGUAUAGUUGUAUUUUCUUCUUAAAGCUGGAAGAAUUCAGGACAUUUAUGAUCUCUGAAGUGUGAACGUUGAAACCUGUGUACAGCACUGAUAUAAAAUGAUAUCUGGUUGGUGUGGAUGCUAGCAGUUGAUGUUAUCUUGGGGCCAGCUGUAAGCAUAUAAUCCCCACUGUGUCCAAUGAGAUGAACACCAAGAUAAUGAAUAGGCCUGCAUAAUAUCAGCAGCUGUGUAUUACCAUAUUGUCGUCACAGUUCCUAGACAUGUGCUUGUACUCAGCUGACAACUACAAGGAAAAGACUGAAGGAAUUCUCUGUGUGCAAAUCACAAUUAUGUAGUGUUUCUAACAGUCUUGUGAUACAGACACAUUUAACGCCUCGAGGAAAAGCCAUGAUCAAAAUAAGUAAACCAAUAAUACAGGUGGUCCGAAAUGAACAGAAUGUUGUUUAGAUAGGAAACAAAGUGGACAUAUCUAUGUCAAUGUGUGAAAACCUAUGUCAAUGUGUCACCACCAAACAUAAACCCAACUUUUCCAAAGCAGCUAUUGGUUGGCAUGGUUACAGUAGUCUGUUGUGCGUGCAAUGCACCACCCCUCAUAUCAGUUCUGGUUCUCUCUCUGCCAGGGGAAGAGCUCUGGUUCUCUCUCUGCCAGGGGAAGAGCUCUGGUUCUCUCUGCCAGGGGAAGAGCUCUGGUUCUCUCUCUGCCAGGGGAAGAGCUCUGGUUCUCUCUCUGCCAGGGGAAGAGCUCUGGUUCUCUCUCUGCCAGGGGAAGAGCUCUGGUUCUCUCUGCCAGGGGAAGAGCUCUGGUUUGCUGUGUGUAGGCCUACUGUAUGAAAUCCAGACCUGGUUUCAAAUACAUGUUUAUUUGAGUAUUUGUUAUUUAAAUACUAAUUUUCUGUAUAUUUGAGUAUUUUCAAAUGUGGUGAAUCAAAACGUUUUUCCAAAAUACUAUUUUGAAAUACCUGGGAUAGAUGCGUGGGAGUAUAUUUGAGACAGUCUAAUUGAAUAUUUUAAAAUACUUUCCAAAUGUAUUUCCAAUAUUCAACUACUUGUUUUUUCAAAUAAAAAAUAUCUAAAUACUUACUUCCAAAUGUCUUUGAAAGUAAUUGAAAUAGCCUAAAUAGUAUGUGAACCCAGGUCUGAUGAAAUCUCAUAUUAAACCAGCCAUAUAAAAUAGUUGAUUAUGAGGAACAGGACAAAUAUGACUACACUCUUCCAGAUAUUCUCUCCAGUGGGGUUUUUAAUGAUUGUGUUUUUCAAUCUAUUAAUAUGUUAUUUAUUAACCUCUGUACGUCAAUGGGAGACAAAGGGAUCUAGAUUGUAAGGUACAAAGUCGUUUAUUUAUUUCUAUCUUCACUGGUUAUUUCCAUCUCUAUCAGUGAGAUGUUAUCAAAUGUAAGCCAGGGAACUGGACCUGAGGGCUCUCUCUCGCUCUCUCAAUUCAAUAGACUUUAUUGACAUGGCAAGAUUAAUGACUUACAUUGUCAAAGUAUACAUAUAGCAAAAAUGGUGGGACCAACAGCAAUAAUAAUAAUAAUAGUAGUAGUAGUAGUAGAAAUGGGAUUACCAUUAACAGCAACUACAACAACAAUAUUAAUGAGAAUAACAACACAUAAAAGCAAUGGUAGUAGACCAGUCUCAACAUGACUGAGAAGCCACAUGACAUGGUAUGAAAGACAAAACAAAAUGGGAAAUAUUGUUGACAUUACAUUGCACUUUUCACUGGCUGUCCUUCAGGUUGUGGCAGGAGGACACAUAUUUGGCUGCCAAAACUGCACAUUUUGGCUUUUCACCCAAUAAAUAUUUGAUUUUUUUCUUCAUCUUUUACAGUUUCAAAUUCUUUGUACUGAAUGAUAAUUUUGGGAAAGAAAAAUUAUCUUAGGUCUGAGUAUUUGUCACAGUGUAAUAGGAAAUGCAGCUCUGUCUCUACCUCUCCCCUGGAGCAGAGUGAGCACAGCCUGUCCUCUCUGAGCAGCCAGGUUUGACUGUGAUGACCGGUUUCUAUAGCCAGACUGUGCUCACUGAGUCUGUACCUAGUGAGUGUUUUCCUCAGUUUUCUAUCAGUCACAGUGUUCAGAAAGUCUGCCACCAUGUACUGUCUGUUUAGAGCCAAAUAGCAUUGAAGUUUACUUAGAUUUCUUUGUGGUGUCUUUCCAAAAGGUGGUAUAUUUUUCUUUUUGCUUUGUGAUGAUUUGGUUGGGCCAGAUUUUCUGAGUGAUGUCUUCAGGCUCUAUGGGGUUGGUUUGGGUUAGUGAACUGAGCCUCAGAACCAGCUGGCUGAGUGGACUCUUCUCUUGUUUCAUCUCUUGACAUUGUAGAGCUGUGUGAUGGAAUAGUUGUAAAAUUUGAUGGCUCUUUAUCUAUUCGAGCAAGGAGGGGUUUUUGCCCAAUUCUGCUCUACAUGUGUUAUUUGGAGGUUUUCUUUGCACUUGCAAUACAUUCUUGCAAAACUCAGCAUGCAGUAUUUUGAUUGGAUGUUUGUCCCAUUUAGUAAAUUCAUUAUUAGACAGCGGACCCCAUACUUCACUGCCAUAUAGAGCAAUUGGUUCUAUAACUGAUUGGAACAUUUUGAGCCAGACUCUAAUUGGAAUUUCGAUUUGAAUGUUCCUUUCAAUGGCAUAGGAUGCUCUUCUUGCUUUGUCUCUCAGCUCAUUCACAGCCAUGUGAAAGCUACCUGUGUUGCUGAUAUUUAGUCCUAGAUACGUGUAGUUUUUGGUGUGUUCUAAUAGAACUGUGUCCAAAUAGGAUUUAUAUUUGUCAUCCUGAUUUCCAGACGUUUUUUGGAAUAUCAUCAUAUUAGUUAUUUUUUAGAUUAACGGUCAGAACCCAGGUCUGACAGAACCUGUGCAGAUGAUCUAGAUGCUGCUGUAACCCCUCCCUAGUGGGAGAGAGUAGCACCAGGUCAUCUGCGUACAGCAGACCCUCCUUAGUGGGAGACAGCAGCACCAGGUCAUCUGCGUACAGUAGACACUUGAUUUCAGUGUUGUAGAGGGUGAGACCAGGUGCUGCCGAUUCUUCUAAUGUUUUUGUCAAUUCAUUAAUAGUGUUGGACUUAUUGGGCAGCCCUGUUUCACUCCACGUCCCUGAGAGAAGAAGUCUGUUUGCUUGUUGCCAAUUUUAACCAAACAUUUGUUUUUAGUGUACAUUGAUUUAAUAACAUCAUGUUGUUUUCUCUCCAAUACCACUUUCUAUUAGUUUAUAAAAAAAUACCUUCCUGCCAAACGGAAUCAAAUGCUUUCUUGAAGUCUACAAAACACGAGUAAAUGUUGCCUUUGUUUUGGUUUACUUGUUUGUCUAUUAGUGUGGAUAGUGUAAAUGUGGUCUGUUGUACAAUUGUAUUUAUGAUACUGCAGAAAAUUUUCCCCAAAUUGCUGUUAACGCAAAUUUCUUUGUAAUUAUUUGGGUCAAAUUUGUCUCCAUUUUUAUAGAUUGGUGUGAUCUUGGUUCUAAAUAUCGGGGAAAAUACCUGUAGUGAGGACAAUGUUGAAGAGUUUGAGUAUAGCAAUUUGAAUUUGUGGUCUGUAUAUUUGAUCAUUUCAUUUAAAACACCGUCAGCUCCACAGGCCUUUUUGGGUUGAAGAGUGCAUAGUUUUUCCCAAAAGAUGUCUUCUGUAAUUGGGGUAUCUGCAGGAUUCUGAUAGUCUGACUGCUGAUUCAAGGAUUUGUAAUUUUUUCUUGUAUAUAUUUUUGUUCUGGGCAUAGUGAUUUCUCCACAUAUCCCCAUUUUGGAUCACCAACUCCUCUUGAUGAGGUUUGUUUAAUUUAUUCCAAUUCUCUCAGAAGUGGUUUGAUUCUAUGGAUUCCUCAAUUACAUCCAGCUGAUUUCUAAUGUGCUGUUCCUUUUUUGUUCUUAGGGUGUGUUUGUAUUGCUUCAGUGUUUCUCCAUAUUGAAGGCGUAUAUUUUUGUUGUCUAGUUCUCUGUGUUUUUUUUUAUAACUUUCUGAGAUUUCUCCAAUCAUUAUCAACCCAUUUACAUAAUCUAUUCUUUUUGGUUUGCUCUUAUAUUUCUUUAGAUUAGCCAAGGAGGCUAAUUUGUCAAAUCUAAAGUUUAUGUUCCAAACGGCCAAAUGUACACUUUCAUUGCUUUAGGAGAAUGUUAAGGCUAAAAGAUUGUCCAGGAGAGAUUGUAUUUUUUGGCUACUAAUUGCUUUUUGGUAGAUUUCUGUACUGUAUGCACUUCAUCUAUAGGCCUGUUUAGUACCAUGUCAUUUAUUGGGCCCUGAUGCUUCAUGGUUGGGUUCCGCUCUUCUCAGAUACACUGUGAUUUUACUGUGGUCUGAGAGAGGUGUUAGUGGGCUGACUGUGAAGGCUCUGAGUUUAGGUCGGUGAGGAAGUAGUCUAAAGUACUGCUGCCAAGGGUUGAGCUGUAGGUGUACCUAUCAAAAGAGUCCCCUCUUAGCCUACCAUUGACUAUGUACAGACACAGUGUUCGACAGAGCUUCAGGAGCUGUACUCCAUUUUAGUUUUUCACUUUGUCAUAGUUGUUUCUGUGGGGGUACGUGGGGAGGGAAAGGUUGUUGCUUCCCGGUAGGCGUUUGUCCCCAUGACUGUUAAUAGGGUCUAGUUCUUCUGCUGUUCUAGCAUUCAGGUCUCCACAGACCAGUACGUUGCCUUGGGCCUGAAAGUGACUAAUCUCCCCCUCUAGAAUGGAGAAACUCUCUUCAUUGAAGUAAGGUGACUCUGAAGGGGGAAUGUAUGUGGCACAGAAGAAGAUGUUUUAUCUGUUAAGAUAGCCUCUUUGUUGAUUUUUAACCAGAUAAAGAAUUCUCCCGUUUUGAUCAAUUCGAUUGAAUUAGUUAGUUCAGAUUUAUACCAUAUUAGCAUUCCCCCUGAGUCUCUGCCCUGUCCUGAGUCACUGCCCUGUCCUGAGUCUCUGCCCUGUCCUGAGUCUCUGCCCUGUCUGAUUCCUUUUAAUUUAGUGGAUGGUAGGAUUAUCUCCCUAUAACCUAGUGGACAGCCAGUGGAAACAUCACCUCUGCACCAUGUUUCCUGUAGUACUACAAUAUCAAUAUCAUCAAUUUCUUUCAGGAAGUCUGGGUUUCUGCUCUUUAGCCCAAAAGCAGAGGACUUCAAGCCUUGUAAAUUCCAACAUGCAACGUAAAAAGAUUUCAUAACUGUGUUUUCUUUACCUUCAAAAUGAUAUACACUCACAAUCCAACAAGAACUAUUAAAAUGGGAUUUUUCAAUUAACGUAAACUCUUAUGCAAAUGUGAUUUGUUUAUCAUUUAAGAUAGCAUUUUUGUCGUGCGACUUGGAUGGAUAGUGUGAGGAUGGUGGAGUUCUUGUGCUCAUCUUACCAUGACCCUUGGCCUAUCACGUGAGCAUAGUAGACUCAGCAUUUGUUUAAUGUCACUCAUUUGGUUGGUGGAGGCUGGGCCAGUUGCUCCUCUCAGACUGUGCAUAGCUCUGCCUGCAGGGUUUUGGCUCCUCCAGGUGUGGGUGGGGGUUGGGGGGUGGUAGGCCUCGUCUGGGUGGGUCUGAAGCUGGUGUGGUCUGUGCUGUGCUGGCUGUGGUGGGCAUUGAGGUUGGUGGUUUGCUCACGCUCUCCCUGAGCAAGAAAACCUCCCCCUCCAGUUUGGUGAACUCAUCCCUCAUGGCAGCCAUGGUGGUGAGUAGGGCCUGAGCCUGCUCUGCACUGAGGGGGUCGCUCUCCUCCUGGGGUGUGUCCUCCACUAUGUUGGGAAGAGAGGUGCUGGAUGUGCCUUUUUGGGUGGGGAGAGUGGGGGUGAUGGUGGUGCUGGUGGAGUUUCUCUAUCUGCUCUCCUUAAUGGUCUGAAAGUCUGUUUCAAACAGCCUAAUGUUACUUUGCACCAUGACAGUCCCAGUCUUGUAGAGGUUGAUUGUUAUCAUGGUGCUGUCAGGGUUGUCUGUCUAUUUGACUUUCAACUUCCACCCAUUACAGAUUCCUUCUUUCUUUAUGGAUGGGUAGUGAGAGCAGACUGCUGACAGCCAUGCAUUUGGUUGGUCAGGGAGAAAGAUGAGAUUACUCACAUCACCGUUUUUUAGAGGUCUGCGAAAAGGGUUUCUGGCCUCCCCUUUAGUAGUUUUUGUUUAAAAGCUUUUCUCGUUGUGUCAUUUUUGGCCUCUGGAGAGUAGAGAAUGGACUCAGCGCUGAGGGGGAGUGGGGACAUGGUGCCUGUGGGCUCUGCUACUACUGCUGCUCUGUUUUGCUGUUUGUCUGCUGCUGUCGCUAGCUAGCUCUAAUUUAGCUCAGAAACUGGCAAAACAAAGUGAAAAAUCUUCACACCGAAAAAACAGAAGAUAUGUUUAAAGUUAGAGUCUGUGCUCCUUUUUGGUUUACUCACUCAGUUUGGUCAUUUGCUGUAGUUGUAUUAACUCCCCUUGCUAGGUUUGUUCUAGUUAAAUCUUUCUGGCUAGGUUUUUGUGGUGUAGCUAGCUAGCUAGAGUCAAAACUUCUUAACUUGAGGCGCAAAGUGACUUUUUUUCUAUUCUGAUUGAAUAGAGUUGUUGUUCAUCACUUCUUGUCUUGAAUUAUUUUUAGAUUUGAGUGUUUAUCACAUUCUAAAAACAAAAAAACUGAAAUAAAUCAGGAGCUCACAUUGAA